AUGAAUUAAGAAGAAUAAGAAAUUUAAGAAAAUAAGAUUGAAGAUAAUAGAAAUAAUUAAGAAUUUCAGCAAUUCUGUGAUCAUGUAUAAUAAAUUUAAGAAAAUCUUAAUGAAUACAUUAUAAAAUAAUAAGGAAAUUAAGAGGAAGAAAAUCAAAGACUUCUUUUAUAGCUUUAAGAAAACUUUGAAUUAAUAAAGUUGAAAAUAUCUGCUUUGAGAAGAUCUGAAGGGAUAGAAAACUAAGAAGAAUUAAAAAAAAUGAUUGAUGAGGUGACAAAAAUAGUUUAGUAAACAAAUGAACCAUUAUAAUUAAUUUGUAUAUAUCAAAUUUAAUAUGUAGAGGAUGAAGGGAAUGACUUUGAUGGAUUAGAAUUAGAAUUUACAUAACCAAGAAGAAUUAAGGGUGUGAAAAAUGCUCAAGAAAGAAAAUAAGAAAGAAAAAGAGCUAGAAUAUAAAAAUCAAAAUAGGCUUUUUAAAUUUUUAAGAAAUACAUAAUUGUUUCAUUAAUAGCGUUUUAAAGGUUUAUAAAAGAUCCUGAAAACAUAGCCAAAUUAUUUGUUAUAGCAGUAAGUUGUUUUUUUGUGAGUUCUUUUUUAUAAAUUCCUGAUAUGAGUAAAAGACAUAGCCUAUAUAUAUUGGAAUGGUUAGCCUAUAAUAGAUGUGCUAGAGUAGUAUUAAUUAGUGGAUCAUUUUGUUUUGUAUCAUUAACUUGGUAUAUUAUUUUAUUGAUUUGGAUGGGAUUUAUGGGAUUAAAUGAAACAAAAGGAAAACUAAAUACCCUUAUUCAUGAAUGUAAUCCAAUAUUACAAUUAACAUUAUUAUUUAUGACAGAUAAUGACUUGAUAAAUAAUAAAUUAGAUCUGGCAAUUUGGUUUUGUUACUUAUUUCAAUACUCUACCUAUAGAGUUUAUUACAUUCAUUCAGUAAAUAUUAUUAAAAAGAUAUUAUCAACAUUGACUUCUCAAAAUUUUAAUAGAGUGUAUCAGUUUCAAUAAAUUUAUAUUUUUUCUAUAAUAAUAUUAGUGAUGAAUUUCCUGAUCACAUUUUUUGGUAUUCUAAUGCUCCAUAAAGUUGGUCUUUAUGCUUUGAGCUUAUUAUUCUAUGGAGGAGUUUAAACUUUGAUAGAAUAUUCCAAAUUAAUUUUGGUCUGUAAGAAAUUGCAAUAAAAAUAUACCUAUUUCAUUAACAAUAAUAUAGAGCAAUUAACUGAACCUUAAUUUUAUGAGGAAAUAAUUCCAGAUAUCAUAUAUUAAAUUGUGAAAAUAAUUUAUUGUUCCUAAUUAAUUGUUAAUUACUUUAGAACUAUUAAUUUUCAUAUUUUCUUGCAUCUUUGGUUGUUUUAAAUAUUUUCAGAUUUUUAAAGUAAUAUAAAUUAUAAAAUUUUAGGUUCUUUACAAUCACUUAAAAUGAAUAUAGAUUAAUUAAUAAAAUAUAAAAGAAUCCAGUAACAUCUUGAUUCAUUAUUUCCAAGAGCUAUGGAUGUUCAAGAAGAUGAAAUAUGCAUUAUAUGCCAUGAAGAAUUAAUUCUAGCUAGAACUUUACCAUGUCAACAUAAAUUUCAUUUAAAAUGUUUGUUUGGAUGGUUAAAAGCCCAAUAAUAAUGCCCCAUUUGCCGAGCUGAAGUUCCUAUUGAGUUGGAAUAACCACAACAAAUAUUUAGUAGAAUAUUUAGUUUCAUAACUUAAUUUAGUAUUUCAAACUUCACAUUAUUUUUCUAUAUUAAUAGUGGUAGACAGUAAGACUUUUAAUUAACAGAGUUAGAAGAAUAGGCCUUAUUAGGAUAAUAACUAUUACAAUAAUAAUAAUUACUAUAAUAAUAAUAGUAAAGAGAGCAAGAAUAAAUAUAAUAAGAAAGAUAACAUCUGUAAUAAUAAUAAUAAUAAUUUUAAUAAUAAUAGCAAUAAUAUUUAUAGUAAUAGCAAAUUUUAUUAUAAUAAUAAUAACAGUAGCAAUAACAAUAACAAUCGAUAAAAGAAUAGAAAUAAUUAUUUGAGUAAAAUGAAUUUUCUGAAACAAAAAUAACAUAAAUUUAGGAUAAUAAUGUAGAUAUGUAAGUUACAUUAGAGGAAGUUUAGAAUGGAGUGAAAAAAUAAUAAGAAAAGGAAGAUUAAUUAGGUUAAUAAUUAUAAUAAGAAUAUAAAAAUAAAGAGAAAGAAGAAGAUAAAAAUAAAAAUAAAAAUUAAUUAUAAUAAUAAGAAUAAAAUGAAGUUUUAGAAAUAAAAAAUUAAGAAGUAGAAUAAAUAAAAUAAUAAGAUUAUAAUAAUGAUAAAUAAUAAUUAUAAGAAAUAGAACAUUUUGAUUUUACUGAAUGA